UUGCACUCCGCUAUAGUUUAAUACGUGCAAUCACUUUUUAGAUCUAUUGAUAUAAGUAAUAUCUAUGCAUAUGUUUGAUGUAUGUAAAUUUUUUAUCCUAAACGUUUUGUUGGUAUAGAGGUGAGUAGUUAUACUUCCAAUGUCUAAAAAUGAGUGUGGAUUUGCUACCCAGAUGGCUACCCCGUACAUGGCCACAAGCCUUCUAUCAAAGAUUCCUCAUCGAGAUCUGUGCUACACCCAACAGUGAAUCGGACGUUUAAGUCCUGUGGUGGAUUCACUACAGAAACUGGCAAUUCCUGAAAGCAGCAUGUCGAUCAAAUCUGGGUCCCAACUCCCGACGACUAACUUAGGUUGGAAAGACAUGAACCACACUAUCCCCCCACCCACCCGCGGUAUGGUCCUCCACCACCACCGCGAUCAAUAUAGACGUACGUCCCUAUUUCCCAUCAAGGAGAUGGAAAUUGGAAUUCGUAUCUCAAAUCAAACCGGCAAGCACGCAGCGCCAUGUCCGGAACGCCCGACGCCGACUCCGGCCGAGAGGGCUUCACAUGCAGCGCGCUGCUCAUGUGCCUCUACCUACUGGGCCUCUCCAAGAAGAAACCGGAGGAGGCGACCAGCACGAGCCGGCCGCCAGUGGAGCCGGGACCGGACCAGCCUCCGGAGCAGGAGCCCCCUUACGCGCCGAGCCGGGCCGCCUCCCUGGAGAAGUUCGAGUGCGCGUCGCUCUACUCCGGCAACAACACCGUCUUCGACUUCGUGAUGGAGGGAGGGGAGGAGGAGCAGGCUGGCGCGCGAGCGAUUCACGGGUACUGCCCGUCGCCGUGCUUCGAGCUGCCCGUGGAGCUGAUAAGGGCCGGCAAACGAUGCGGGGUUGUCGCCGCUGCUAGCAACGACCCGGUCACGGCCGCGUUCGUGUUCGGCGACCAUCGAGGGGGCGCUUUGAAGAAGAUGGCGUCGUGCCUGGCGUCCGGGGUCGAGGGCAAAGAGACGCGGCCGCCGCACCUCGUGAGGUUCUUGUCGGCGUCGGGUUCUAGCGAGCCGCGGCCUCCCGUGAUGCCUUCCCGUGCCGCACCAAAGGGGGCGGCGGUUGACGGAGAUUGCGAGUUCGCUGAUGGCGCUUGCGUGCAACGGCAGGACGAAGGCCGUCGUGUGACGGCUGUUUGACACGCUGCACGCGCAGGCAGCAUGUUUGGUUCGUUUUAUCCAUGUAUGUAUGAAAUCGACAUCGCCAUUUUUUUCUUUCAAGUGGUCGGUAAUUUUCUCGUUCUCUUCACAAGAUUUGGAUUGCUUUCUUCUUAGUCACAAUUAAUUAGCUCGAGUCAUGGAGAAAGCAUGCUUGCAUGUCUUCUUGCACAUAGGAAAGGAUCAACAUAUUCCAGAACAUGACACAUCAGACAACUAGGUGUAGAAUUGACUUUCUCAUACGCAAAA